AUGUCUAACUCAGUUAUCACAGCAGUUACAACAUGUAAUAGUGUGACAACAAUAACCACUACUACUGCUACAGUAUUACAAAAGCAAAGUGUCGUUGGUGAUACAAGCAGCAUUACUCAUUUAUUCACGUCAACAAAUACAUCAUCAAAUUUAACGGAAACACCAGUGAAAGUACAAGUAGUAGAACAAAAAAUUGUGACCGAAAAAAAAACUCUGACAACUACAAGCGCAAAAGUUCCAAUGUUGCUUUCAAAUGUGAAGACUGCAGCGACACAAUCGCUUGAUGAUUCUGAAAGUGUACCUAAAACCUUAGAGCAGUCAGAUUUAAUAGCAUUUGAAGAGCAACCAAUGCAACAAAGCGAUCAAUGUGCGAUUUCCGAUGCAAAUACGGUAACAGAAGUAGGAGCGCCUGAAGUGUGUGAUGCAUCAUCUGAUGACAUAAUUAGCACUCCCAAUUUGCAACCUUCAGUAAUGGAUAAAGAAAAUGAGCUAACAGCAACAGUUUCAACCACUGACGUACCGAAAAGUAUUUCAGAUAUUACAUUACUUAAUUUUUUUUUAAGUGCUAGAGACAUGAAGAAAAAUAUUUUAGAUGACAAAGCGAUUAGGCCGAUGUCUGCAAAAAAUACAAAUUGUAAUAAUGAGCGUGAAGAAGAUGUAUAUACCGCUUAUUCCGGGCCAAAUGCAUUACGUAAAACACAAUCAGAACACAGCGGACGUUUGGCUGAUGAAUUGAAAGAAACUUUGAAAGAGGUUGUGAAUACAAAAAUCUGUUCUAUAAAUUCAAGAGUAGCCACAAUAAAACCACCAACAAAACGUCUCACAGAAAAGCAAAAAGAAAAGCUAACUGCAUCAUGUGAACAUUUGCAAAUGCAAGAUGGCUAUGAACCUAAUACAAAAGGCGGAUCCAUUAGUCAGUUACUGGCUGCUUCUGGUAUGGGCCCACGAUAUGAGCUACGUCGUAAGCUUUCAAGCAUAUCAGAAAAGAGUGCUGAAAUUAUAAAUGGUGCAGAUGAGGUUAAUUUACCAGCACCUAGUAGUGUUAGUUGUCCAACAACGACUCGUAUUAGCAAAGACCAUAAACGAUUACCACGUACAUUGCAAAAUUAUCGGGAUAAUACCCAUUAUGGAGUACGUCAAUCAGUUUUCGCAGAGUUAAAAGUACCACUGCGUGCAAAAUUGAAAAUUGAAGAUCAGUCACUUGCAACAUCUACAGCUAAUGGUGCUAUUAUUUCACCAAAAUUGCAAGGUACACAUUCUAUUUUCCAAAUUGUGAAUACUACCUCAGAAAUCAAAUGGAAUAAGUGGAUACCAAAUGGAAAGAAUGUUAAAUUGAAGAAUAAAAUAAGUGAUGAAAGCGGUAACUUCUAUCAGCGUUCUAUUGCAGUCGUAGAUGCACGACCACCGUGGAACUCCUCACCUUUGAAGGAUGGUGAAUUGGAUCGCAUAGCACCUCUGCAACCUGUCAUUUCGCGUCAUUUUUAUCAGAGGAAAUGGCUUUCUGCAUCACAUUUGGAUCACAGCCCGUAUGAUAAUAUGAAAUGUGAAAGUGAAAAUAUACGUGGACGUCGACAGAGUGAUUGGAAUUUAGAUAUUAAACAAACACGUUCACGUUCUGCAGCUCGUGUACAUACACGUGUACCUCUCGCUGUCAUGUUGCGUAAUAGCAGCUAUGUGAAAUGGACGCCAAAUGGUACAGGUGACCACCGUAAACCAGUUAAAGAACGUUUAUGGUGGUCCUGAUA